AUGAAGGUAUAUUGCUUUAAAAUUGAAUUUGGUAGACUGGUUGCACCCAUCUUAACGUUGGUCAUCGGUGGCAAUCACGAAUCAUCGAACUACUUUAGCGAGUUGCCAAACGGUGGUUGGCUAUGUCCGAACAUCUACUACAUGGGACGCUCCGGAGUAGUCCAAUUCGGUGGACUAAGAAUCGGUGCACUCUCUGGUAUCUACAAGCCACACGACUACCAAAAAGGUCACUACGAGCAACUACCGCUAAACGACAGUACAAUGCGAUCGAUCUAUCAUACUCGUGAGUUGGAUGUCUUCAAAUUGCUUGCUUUGAAUAGCGGUGGUAACAAUGCUAAUGGUGAGGCGAGGCAGAAAGAGAAGAAUAGACUUGAUAUUGUAUUCUCUCACGAUUGGCCACAAGGUAUUGUUAACUAUGGUGAUAAGAACAAGUUGUAUCAAGUGAAGAAUCAUCUGGCGCAGGAUGGUGACGAUCUUGGUUCGCCAGCGGGAAUGUUGGUGCUUAGGGAGUUGAAACCUAGAUACUGGUUCUCGGCACAUCUACACGUUAAGUAUGCUGCUAUAUAUCCACACCCUGACAAUACGACUACCAAGUUUUUAGCAUUGGAUAAAGUAUUGCCGAAUAGAGAUUUCCUACAGAUAUUGGAUUUUGAAGUACAACCUAAUCGUCAACAACAACAACCACAACAAGAGCAGCAACAACAACAACAACAGAAUCAACAAUUAAAACUUCAAUAUGAUGUAGAAUGGUUAUCUAUUUUAUAUAAUACCAAAUCUAUAACAGAUAAUCAUAAGAAUCACUAUAAUACACCACUUUCAAGAGAUCUAUUUAAAAAUUUAUAUACAGAUGAAGAUUUAAAGAAUAUUGACAAUAGAUUUAUUGAAAUCAAUAAGUUAAGACAAUCAAUAGAUGAUAAAAAUCAUGAUAAUAGUGAAAAUAAUGAAAGUGUAGAGAAUAUAAGUAAUCAUCAUUUAGAGAUACCAUUUAAUUUCAUUGAAAAUACACAUGCAUAUGAUCCUUCGAAUCCAAAUAGAAUGGAUUUAAACUUUAUCUAUCCAUCAACAUAUGAGAAUCCACAAAACAUUGUAUUAAAUAAUCUAUUGGAUGUAGUUUGCAGUAAAGAAUCGAUUCCUAUUAACAUUGAUACUCUUACCAAAUUGGAUACAGAAACCUAUCGAAAAGAUUUACAAGAUCACACAACUCCUAAUCAACAACAACAAUCUUUUAAUAAUAAUAAUAAUAAUGAAACAACUACCACAACAAAUGAAGAAGAACAAGCAAAUCAACAAGUGAUCAGUCCGAAAUUGAUAUAG